AGGUGGCCAUUUGAGCCCAAGCGGAGUCUUUAGGAAGAGCUGCACGGUGUCCGCGUGCGUGCGCACACGGCCUUCCAAAUUUUACAUUCACGAUGCAGUGUGAUUGGAAUUCAGCCGACAGUUACAGCUCACUCGCCAUCGUCUCCGCACUCAUUUUCGGAUCCACCGUGACAGUCUGGUUCGAGGUGAGCCCAGAAGACCGCGAGAGCUUCCUCGAGCAGGAGGCGUUCCGCUGGGCUUUCUGCCUGCAGAUCGUCGUGAGUAUUGCCUGCUCGGGCAUUGGUACGACAAUCAUGGUGAACCAGUACUACCACAUUCGCCGCUUGCAGACAUACAUCCUGUCCGACGACAGAGACAGUAUCAUAAUGGAGUAUUUCAUUCUGCCCCAAAAGAAGACGCGCGAGAUGGCGAGGCAGGCAGUCUUCGUGUCCUGCUAUACCUUCUUCGGUGCGAUGGCGACGUACAUUUAUGCUCAUGUUCAGGGUGAUGCUCUGAGGUAUACCGUUACGACAGUCUUGGCCACAACGGUGCUUGUGAUCUUGUCCUCAAAAUGGCGAGCUGAUGCAGCUGCCCAGGCAGCAUUUCAUGAGGCUCUGAGCCACGGUGACCAUCGAUGGAGUGUCUCCGAAGCUGCACCGCGCCUUGCAGCAUUAAUGGCAAAAGCACUCGAUGGAGCGCUGUCAGAUGGCAGUGAGUCACAAGUGUAACGUGAUGUUGGAGGAGGAGGAGGAGGAGAGGGUGAGUGAGUCCAGCGUGUUGUCAUUGCCUUCUUCUUUUGCGACUGCGCCAGAUGACCCGCCCUGGAUGCCUCUCCUGCCUCUUGCUUCGUGGGCCAGAGCUGCACGGUCAUAGUUGCUGCAGCAAGCAGAGUCAGUGUAGUGAACGUUCGCGCAUAGUUGGAGUUAAGUGCGAAGAGUGAGUGAGUGCGAAAGCGAGCGAGUGAGUGAGGUAGUCAUCUCUUCGCCACUGGCUGCGCCGGUGGACUCCACCUGCACGCCCCCGCGCCCCGGCAUGUUUUCUGCACGCGACUUGCCCCGCGCAGUCCGUCCACUUGCAAAGCCAGGUAGAAUUGAACUAAGCGUUUCCCACCGCCGCACCGCCUAGACACAACAGUCUUAUUUCGAUGUCCUUCCCAGUCCCGUUUCCUUCCUCUCCCCCGCCGCUGGCUCACACCCUUGGGCGAUCCCCGAGGAUCUCGCUGCCCGGCUGCACCCUAAUUCGCGAACAGCAAUGGUGCAGGCUGUCAUCCUCUCGGAGCCUUUUCCACUUGCACCUUCCACCUCCCAUCGAUCAACCGCUGCGUCCCAGACGGGGGCCCGCCCACAAGCGGCCCGGGCCCCGCAGCGCGCCGGGAGCGCACCGCCGUUUUGUUCAGCGCCGAGGAUGGAGGAAGACAGAUCGCCACGAGCCGAAACCUGUGGCGCUCCGCGCGCAUUUCUUGGAUCCGCGCUGGGCCCAGGCGCCGCCCCUGGCGCACUCCGCGCGCCUGCGGGGGGGGUUCCGGCGCACCAAGAGAUCCGCGCGGAGCGCCAACAGUUGACGUCUGUUCCUUUUCUCCUCUUCAUCUUCGAAGGCCGCCAGAUGCUCUGGAGUCGCUCUGGAGCUAUCAGGACGUAUCCUGAGCAAGGCGCGCUGUGACAUCAUUGCCGUCCCACCCGGGGAAGA